CCAGAGAAAACAAGGGGUGUGCUUGGGCGCUUCUGAGGCUGCAGCGCAUGCGCCCCGCAGAAAAUCACGGGCGUCGAGCCUCGCACCGCAGCGAUUGCAGAUCUUACAUGUCAGAUAGGAGGGAGUGGGAAGAGGGGUGCGAGACACGGGGGCCCCGACACUCACACCCGGUGAAACAGAGGGAUGGAGACCCGAUCCGCGGAGGAAGAGGGGGGCUGACUCUUUCCUUCCCAACUUGAGCCUUACGAGCCCUGUCUGCAGAUGCAACCUGUCUGUCAUCCCAUCCGUCCCAGUAAUCCCCCCGUUCUGUUUUUUUUUUUUUUUAAAUGUAUUAUUUUUUUUAUUGCGGUGUUUCCUCCAGAGGGGACUACAAUGACAACCUGGUGAAUGCAGACGAGAUGGAGUAAAACAUCUUAGCCCGACGCAGGAUGCGCAUCCCCAACCCGACGAGGAAGAAGGCAGAGAAGAGAGCUGGCUGUUUUUCUGGUGUCGCAUGUCAGAGAUUUUCCGCGGUGCUGUGGAUUGAUCGCUUCCUUCAUCGCCCCCCUGCUGCUGCCGGUGUCGGUGUAUAAUGGAGAGCUCCAAUGGCUCUGGCAGCGACACCAAACCGCAGAACCACCAGUUGGAGAAGAAGAGGCUGAACCGAGCGCCUUCCCCGGCCAGACCUUUCCUCAAGGAUGUGCACUCCCGCUCCGCCAAACCACCUGCCAUCGUGCCCAAAUCCCCCAAACUCAACAAGCAGCAGCAGCAGUCUGCCACACUGCCCUCCCUGGCCCAUCCGAACCGCAACUCCAGGCGCAACGCCACCGGGUCCAAGGAGAAACUAGCCGCCGCAAAAAGUCACGCCAAGUCGUCUGUGGCGAAAAAGCCCCUAAAGGUGCCCCAGCAUGCAGCAGCCGAGCCCAAAGCCGCCAGCAUCAAACCGGACAGCACCAGCAGUCCCGUCCUCGCCAAGAGCAAGAAGGGGAAACUAGCCUCGGGGUCCCCGGGCCCUCCCAGCCAUGGAUCCCCGAUCCGGGUACCGACCGGGGCGCCUCUCGGCCGGGUCAGCCAGACCGACAGCAGCUCAGACCUGUCAGACUGCCCGUCCGAGCCGCUGUCGGACGAGCAGAGACUGGCACCGGCAGCUAGCAGCGACGCCGAGUCUGGUACCGGCUCCAGUGACCGGGAUCAGCUGGGAGCAGAUAAUCCGCUGCGGGCAGAGGCGACCGGAGCGGCUGCUGAUGCUCCGCCGCGCACAACCGAGGCUCCCAGCGCCAAGGGAAGCAUGUCUCAGGCUCAGCCGGCUCCGGGGGCGCACGGAGAGAAACACAAGCUGGAGAAACCCGCAUCAAGCGCACAAUUCAGACUGCCAGGCACCAAGGAUGUGACCGAGGAGGACCUGCUGCGGGAGGUUGAGGAUUUGAGAUCCGAAAACGACUACCUCAAGGAUGAAGUGGACGAGCUGCGGGCGGAGAUGGAGGAGGUGCGAGACAGCUACCUGGAGGAGGAGGUGUACCAGCUGCAGGAGCUGCGGAGGGAACUGGACCGCUCCAACAAGAACUGCCGCAUCCUGCAGUACCGCCUGCGAAAAGCAGAGCAGAAGAGCCUGCGGGUCGCACAGACCGGCCACGUGGACGGAGAGCUGCUCCGGAGUCUGGAGCAGGACCUCAAGGUGGCCAAAGACGUGUCGGUGCGUUUGCACAAUGAGCUGGAGAGCGUGGAGGACAAACGCAGCCGGGCCGAGGACGAGAACGAGCUGCUCCGACAGAAGAUCAUCGAGGUGGAGAUUUCCAAACAGGCGCUGCACAACGAGCUGGAGAGGACCAAAGAGACCGCGCUGAGGAGACGAGGGAGCAGGGAAACAUUUAAAGACAAGAAGUCCACAAGUCAGGAGGACAGUGCAGACCUCCGGUGCCAGCUCCAGUUUGCCAAAGAGGAAUCCGGCCUGAUGAGAAAAAAGAUGGCGAAGCUGGGCCGGGAGAAGGACGAGCUGGAGCAGGAGCUGCAGAAGUACAAAUCUGUGUACGGGGACGUGGACAGUCCACUCCCGCUGGCCGAGUGCGCUGGUGGUGGUCCUCACACCACCCGAGAGGCUGAGCUGCGAUUACGGCUCAAGCUGGUGGAGGAAGAGGCCAACAUCCUGGGUAGGAAGAUCGUGGAGCUGGAGGUGGAGAACCGCAGCCUGCGAUCGGAGAACGAAGACAUCCGCUGUCAGUACGAAAGAGACUGCUUCGGGCGGGAACCCUUCUCCAGCAUGCCCUCGUCACCGUACGGUGGCGAUGCACUGGAGUCGGCAAGUGAGCUCCGUCGUCAUCUUCAAUUUGUGGAGGAGGAAGCAGAGCUGCUGCGCCGCUCCAUCUCAGAGAUUGAGGACCACAACAGGCAGCUGACAUCUGAACUCAAUCGCUUUAAGUUCGGCCCCAGCAGCAGCUCUGGGCUUGUUGGCGAGGAGGCCAGUGAAGGAGGAUUAUUUAAACCUGGUAAUGGGGGGAAUGGUAACGGUUCCAGCGGCGGGAUAAUGAUGGAGGAGCUCAAAUCAGCUAGGAUGCAGAUCAAUGAGCUGAGCGGGAAGGUGAUGAAGCUGCAGUACGAGAACCGCGUCCUCAUGUCCAACGUCCAGCGCUGCGACCUGGCGGCACACCUGGGCCUGCGCACCGGCAGCCCUCGAGACAGCGACGCAGAAAGUGACACAGGCCGGCGAGAGGCCGCAGAGGAAGAGGAGGCAGGGCGACUUCUUCUCCUCCACCCCAAGAGGGAGGGUCCUAUUGGGGGCGAAAGCGACUCUGAAGACAUGUUUGAGAAAACGACGACCACCUCAGGGUUCGGGAGCAUCAAACCCUCGGAUGGGAGUGAGCUCAGCGCCACUGAACUGGCCAACCGCAGGAGGGAAGAGCGGGAGUCGUUCAGCAACGUGAAACGCGAGGCAGAGAGGCUCGGGAAGACGGUGGACCGUCUGAUCACGGACACUGACAGUCUGAUCUUUGAGGGCAGGCUGCUGGUGACGACAGGAGAGAGCCUGGAGGGCGGGGCGGCGUCCGGAAACAAACCAGACACCCAAGUCCUGGACACCAUCAACACGCGCAUGAAGGCUUUUCGCACCGAGCUGCACAUCUUCAUGGAGAAGCUGGACCACGUCGGGGAGGGCCUGAGAGAAAGGACGGACGAUCUGUCACCCAUGCCAAACCUCACAGAGUCCAGCAGCUUCCUGUCAUCAGUCACCUCCAUGUCCCGUGACUCUCCCAUUGGCACCUUUGGAAGAGACCUGGUGACUGACUUCCAGUCCGGUCAGAGGGAUGAGCUGGAGUGGCGUCUAGGACAGGAGCGAGGCGUGGAGCCCCAGAGCCAGAGCCAGGGUGGGGGCCAGGCCCAGAGCAGGGGAGCCACGGGACUCACUAGGUACCACAGGCCCCUGGCUUUAAGAGCAGAGCUCCGGGACACGUCUGCCUCUGACAUCCAGUUCCGUCUGGAUCAUGAACGAAGGAUGAGAGCGACGACGGAGGAGCGGGAGGCUGUCGGCUCUCUGCCUCAGCAGGAAGACGAGCGUUUGCGUCUGGAGGCCCAGCGUGGCGCCCUGGAGCUGCAGGGACUCCAGAGUCAUGAGGUGCCCUGGACUCAGGAGAGAGCCCUGCUGCAGCAGGAGGUCCGCCUCUUCAGACGCAACACCAUCAUCUUCUACAUGAAGCUCAGGUGGAUCCUCAUGCACUGGAGGCUCGGCCGCAAGGACGACUCCAGAGAGGAGACGGGGCAUCAGGAGUUUGAGAAGUUGGAGGGCAUCCCAGAGUUGGGAGUGAUAAUGGAGCAGGCGGAGGGGGACUCAGCUCGAGACGACAGACUGUGUUUACCGCAAACCCUGGGGGACGUCCCCGAGCCCGGGCCCAUCCUCCCUCUGCCGUCACCUGAGCGUCACCUGCAGCAUCAGCGACAGUUCGGGGAGAACCGACAAGUGCUGCAGGCCCUGCGGACGCUGCUGGAGGAGUUUCGGGAGGAGCUGCAGGAGGAGGAGACGCGGCGAUGCCAGCUGCAGCAGUCCUACGCCAAUGACAAAGCCGCCUGGGAGGUCAAGUGGGCAGAGAUGAAGUGCCAGGUCGCCCAGCUGGAGGAGGAGGUGCAAGGCAAAGUGCGAGGUGAGGCGCAGGGAGACGAGACGGCUGGAGACCCCGAGUGGGCCUUGAACCUGGAACGCGAGGAGCACCGGCGUCUGCUGGCCGAGAGCCACAGCGCCUCCCUGGACCUCCGCUGGAAGCUGCAGCACGGGGAGAAGAGGUGGGGCCGCGAGAGGGCCGAGCUGCUGGAGCACUUCGACCGGGAGAAGCAGGAGUGGGACGGCAGCAUGAGGGAGCUCCACCGCAAGAUGGAGAGGUUGCAGCGGGAGCUGAACACGCGGCGGGGCGACAGCAUGGACGUCAACGAUGGCAGCUCAGCCUCCAGGGGUAUAUUUUCUCCUCAGGACAGUCCCCGCAACGCCCCCCGGUCGCCUCGCUCGCCGCGCUCCCCCUGCACGUCCACCCCAAUCCAGGCCCCGCCCACGCGCUCCCACUCAGACUCCGAAGCCAUGCUGGAGGAGCAGGGGGCCGCGAUGAGGCUGAAAGGCCCCGCGGAGAACCUGUUCCUGGACGCGCUGUCUCUGGACCCCCUCGGCGGCCUGGAGGUCCCACCGCCCUGCAGACUGGAGAGUGAGAAGAGGUUCCCCUGCAUGAAGGAGGCUCUGAACAAGAUUUCGGAGAGCGAGGGUGAUCCUGAGUACGAGGAGGAGAUGGGCGGAGGGAGUCUGCUCAGGGCCAAGUCAGUGUGCUCCAUGAGCGACUUCCAGCGGUUAAUGGACAGCUCCCCCUUCCUCCCCGACAAGACUCCCCACGAUGACCAGGGCCAAGACGACAUCACCCCGCCUCUGUCCCCGGACGACCUCAAGUACAUUGAGGAGUUCAACAAUAAGGGCUGGGACUUCCCGUCAUCCACCUCUGGCCCGGGUCCCGCCCGGGAAAUGUGGACGGACAAACCCCCCGAGGCCCGGGGAGGGGAGCCCGUUCUCGAUCCAUUCCAGCCAGCCUCCUGGUUCCUCACCACCAGCGCCACCUUGACCACCAGCACCCUGAGCAGCCCUGAGCACUGCCACAAGUCCCCGCUGAGGGGCAAUGGAGCUGCGGUGGGAGGCGGUGGGCCAGAUGAGGUGUUCACUAGUGGGAGGUGGGCAUGUGGGCUUCUGGAGGGUGGGGGAUUGAGGACUUCUCCUAAUCAGUCUCCUAUCUGCCCCACGGUGGGCUUCACCUCCUCUCUGGAUCUGCAGCUCUCCAGAAACUUGAGCGACGACAUGAAGGAGGUCGCCAUCUCCGUGAGGAACGCCAUCCGUUCUCCGCCGGGCCCCGUUGUACGGGACACCGCCUGCCAGACCAACGGGUUCACUACGCGGGGCACUCAGACCACACAGACCAUCAGUGUGGGUUUACAAACAGACCUGCUGAGGAACCUGACCAGCAGCCCCCACCGCUGCCUCACCCCGAAAGGUGGCGGCACGCCUAUUUCCUCCCCGUCGCGCAGCAUGAGGAAGGUGCAGUACUCUCCUGUCGUCCAGAGCAAGUUUGAGCGACCCUGCUGCUCGCCAAAGUACGGCUCACCCAAACUUCAGCGCAAACUGUCCUCUUCGAACAAGGCUGAUCUACCAAACAACAGCCGGGCUCCCACCCCGACCACCCCGCAGAAGGGCAACAGCGAGUCGGCGUGGGCCCGCUCCACCACCACCCGCGACAGCCCCGUCCACACCACCAUCAACGACGGCCUCUCCAGCCUCUUCAACAUCAUCGACCACACCCCAGUGGCCUACGACUCCAUGCCCAAGUUCAACAAAUCCCCCAGUCGCUCUCGCCCCACUCCUCCCUCCACCGCCGAGCAGGAAUGCUUGCGGACUGCUCGCGGGCGCUCGCCCAGCCCAGUGCAGCUGAUAGUGGAGACGCAGGGGGACAAAAACCCAGAGGUGGUGAGCAUACGGCAGGACCUGUCGGCCCCGCCGGGCUACACGCUGGCUGAGAACGCAGCUCGCAUCCUUAAUAAGAAGCUGCAGGAGCAGAACUUUAGAGAGGAGAGGAGGCUGCAGGCUGGAGGACCGAGCAGCCACAGCAGAGACAACAACAGGCAGGCCGACUCAGACAGAGGACAGUCUGGAUGCAUGGAGGACCUGCCUCGCUCUCCAGUGGCUCCACCCCUGGACUCCUGCUUCCUGAGACCGGCCCGUCCGGCCAACCGGCGCCCCCCCUCGCGCUGGGCCGCACGCUCCCCCUCCUCCUCCCCAAAGUGGAGCGAGGGCACAAAGAGGAGGUUUACCUUCCCUCCGCCGGGACACCGGAGGACCAUCCUGGAGGGCGAGGAGCCAGCGUGAGGCCGUCCUCUACCUCCUCUCACCCUCCUCCACCUCAGCCUAAAAGACCCAGUACCUCAGAAACACCCCCCCUCCCGCGAAUCUAGAGACUCCAAAGAGACGGAGCCUGACGGGUGGGGGGGAUUGCAAUCCACCCAGUAGCACCAGCUGACCAUCGAGAAACCAGAAGAACCUGGAAUGUACUGUAAUAUCAUCAAAAAAGACAUAAAACUACAUUUCCAUAAGAGGUGCCUGCACACACUUGAGUUUUUCAUCACCCCACAUGUGUGUAUAUAUGUAUUUCAUACAUAUAUGUAUGUUUCAGUCACAAUUCUGAACCUGUCGGUCAGCUGUUGCAUUUGAAGUUUACACCAUUUUUUUUCUCAUCUGUUUACGCUUUUCUUUUUCUACAUAAAACGUCUUGUAUGUUUUACGUCCUGCAUCAAUUCAAGCUUCUUUUUUUUUCAAUACCUCCAUGAUUGUGUUGCCGGCCUUUGAAGCUUUUCUUUUUAGUUUUCAAGGAGAGGAGAGAAGACACAAGCAAACAAACAAACAAAGAAAAAAAACGACUUCUGCUUCAUCGGGUCCGAAGCGGAGACACAUGAUGUCAUUUCUGAUGUAGUUUAUUUGUACGUUGGGAUGAAUGUCCGGCUCUGUAAACGUGUAGACGAUGGGUGACAACAAACUGAAUAACCUUAUGCAUAUUUGGAAGGCAGUUGUACAAAAAAACAGUCCAAUAUCUGCAUGCCUUUUGAACCCUAGCACUUUAGUGCAUGUACAUACGAGCUCUAGUCUUUUGUGAUCACUCGGCUCCGCUGUGGGGGAGAAAAAAAAAUGUUGUGAUGGGAACUCUUGAGCUGUUGUUUUUCUGUUGUCACAUGAUUUGCAUCGACAAAAAUAAGACGAAUUUUUAAGUAAAUUAUUGUACCUACAGGCUGUCUUUGUACAGUUGUUACUAUUGGAUAUGAAUUACUUUUUUCUUUUGACAGGAAAAAGGGAUUGUGGGGGGGGGAAUAUGAAUGUUUUAAAUGAAAAGUCUAUGUCAAAAAGUCUAACGAUCUAUAGUCUUAUGUAAAUAGUAAAUGGUAAUAAACAUGAAUGUGUAUUUACAA